ACCAGGUGGUGAUCUGAAGCUAUGUUGAAUGUUCACACCUCUACAUAAUCAAUAGAAAUACCGUAAUUCAGCGUGAAUAAACAUUAUAUACCACAACCACAAGACUUAAAAUACGUAUGGUUGUUUGAUUAAUUCAGUCCAACAGAGAUUGGUUCGGGUGUAAAGCCUCGCGUGUGAUUCCCAAGGUCGCUCUUCCCUGUAUCAUUUAUUAGGUAAACAACUGAGUAAGUUAUUCUACCUCUCAUUCCUUUUUAUUUUAACUGCUAAACGCCACUCCGAUUCAUAUGAUUGUGCUUGCCUGUUUUUUAAACUUUCAACAACCCUAGAGCGGUAUUUGAUACCAACUUAAGCAAGCCUAAAUCUUAGCACACACCGUCUGAAGUUACUCAUCAUCAAAGUAUAUUAAGUUUGCGUUAAAGUAGCAAAUUACCCCAAAAUUUUCCGUGAAUUCCCCUAACUUUGGGCAAAACUACGGAUUUUCAUAAAACAUUGGGGAUAACCCCGAAAAUUUUCAUUGUUCCUUCCCCAAGGUUUUCACAAAGUGGACAAAUUUUCCCACAAACUCUGACGAUUGGGAUGAAUCCAGAAAUUAUUCCAGUUUAAAGAGGUUCCUCUCAGUUUUAGUCAUUAAAAUUGUAUAUGGUCUGGGAUACUGCCCGGUUAGCCAUACCGAAGCAAGUAAUGAUAAAAGACAGUUUAUGGCAUUGUGCUGUGGUAUUUAUUCGUUACGUGUCAACGUCUAACUGUCCUCCACAACUCCGUUAAUGGGAUUCUAGAGCUAUUGUUACACGAUUAAAUUAAUGUCGCACAAGCGUCCUGAGCACUCACUUCCUCCCGAACUGUACUAUAACAGUGAUGAGGCCAAAAAAUACAGUUCAAAUUCUCAUAUCAUUGAUAUUCAAACGCGUAUCACAGAACGGGCUUUAGAAUUACUUGCGUUGCCUGAAGAUGAAGCAUGCAUGGUUUUAGAUAUUGGAUGCGGCUCAGGUUUAAGUGGUGAAACUAUUACUGAGAAUGGUCAUCAUUGGGUUGGCGUUGACAUAAGUAAAGAUAUGCUUGAUGUUGCAUUAGACAGAGAAGUUGAAGGUAGUUUAGUACUUGGUGACCUUGGUUGUGGAUUGCCGUUUCGCGGUGGAUCAUUUGAUGGGGCCAUUAGCAUUUCAGCAAUACAGUGGCUAUGCAAUGCGGACAGAUCCUCUCAAAAUCCUAUUGCACGUCUAAGAAGAUUUUUCGUCUCUCUGUACAGCAGUCUUACUCGUGGUGCACGAGCAGUUUUACAGUUUUAUCCGGAAUCCAUAGUUCAAGCAGAUCUAUUGCAGAAUGAAGCUACGAGAGCUGGAUUCACAGGCGGUCUUGUAAUUGAUUACCCUAACAGUACGCGAGCGAAAAAGUACUUUUUGGUAUUGGAUGUUUGCAGCACUCGCCGUAUCCCGCAGCCACUAACAGAAAAUAAUGAGAUGUCAAAUCAUAAUCGGAACAAAUUAGAGACCUUGAGAGAAUGUAGACAGAUGAAGAAAUUGCCAAAGCACAGUGUAGCCUGGAUAAAACAAAAAAAGCAACGUGCCAGGGAUCAAAUGAAAGAAGUUGCUCAUGACUCUAAAUAUACAGGACGCAAGCGUCGUGCUAAGUUUUGACAUGGUUUCUCAUUAAUUUCUUUAAAUUUAUGACCUGUAUAUUGUGUACCUCGUUUAUAAUCAUCAUGGGAUUUGACUUCAAAGUUGUUCAAUCGAUUCUCCAACACCUUCGUGUUUUUUGAUAUCUAAUUGUCAGUGUUAAAAUUGUGAAAACUUUGUAAACAUUUAAUUAUUCGAGUUCCCCCCUCAGAUUUAUUAGUUCGACUGUAAGUUAAUAUCUUCCAAUACAUUAACUUCAUACUUAAGAAAUAUGUGAUAGUUUUCCAAUCAAAAUCGUGUUUUGCAAUUCUCUAAGUGAUUUAUUAGCUAAUGUUUUAUGUAUUUACCGCGUGCAAUCGAAAUCAUUACUUGCGUGUCGAUCAUUAAGACUUACAUUGAAUGAUAUAUAAUUUUGAUUGAGUCCGUCUUUCUUGUUACUUGUAACGUUUAAUGACGUAAAAUGAGUGUCCACACUAUGAGUGGCAUGUUCUGAAAUGUUUGUUGUACCCUUUACUGUUAUCACUGUUAAUCUUAUAAAGCAAUAUGGAAUAUCUGUAUUUAUUGCGAAUAUUUGAUUUCCCAUAAUGUAUUCAUGAGUUUCGUUGACAAAUUAAAGCGUUAUUCUCAAA